CGACUCCGGGCCCUCUGCCUCGACGCGCCCCCUUCUCUCUGGAAAAACACACACCACCCCUUUCCCAAGGCUCGGCUCAUCGCGGCCCCUCCCGGAACCUCCGCCUCGACGCUCCCCAGACUCCACUCAGUGCUGCUUCCUGGAGAACAGAGAGGGUGGACGGCCCCCUUACGCAUCGGUGUUGCGGGGCCUAGCGGGGCGCCAGCAGGAAACUGUCGGCCAGUGUGCCCACCGCACUGUCUGCCCGCAUCCCCAUUGCCUCACAUCACAGGGGAAAGGCUCAGCCAGCCGCGGGCCACCGGGACAGAAUGGUGGCCUGAAGCCCAAACCCAGCCAAAGGCACUUCCCCAGAUUCCCUGAGACCUAGGCAGCAUCGCCAUAGCCCACAUACGGCGCCAGAUUUGUUGAGCAUUAAAGCGUUGGUAGGUCCUCUGUACAUGGCCACAUAGUUAUCCCAGGACCCCACAAGGUAGGCGCGCUUAUUUCUGUUUCACAGUCAGAAAAGCAGGCCCAGAGAGGCCCAGAAGCUCAAAGCUGUAAAUGACAGAGCCCAGGCCGAGCUCUGUCCGCGUCUCCUAUACCUCCCAACCCUAUUCACUACACAAACGCAUGCGGCCUGCAGGACGGUGCUCGCCCCAGGCCAGGAAUGCAGAGGUCCAUGAAACGGCUGGGCACGCAUGUCACAUGCACGCAUGCAUUUCACAUACAAGCACGCUUGCGGAAAGACGGGGGCUUUUCUCUCUGUGGUCAGGGCCCCAGCGGCCUUCCCCUCUUCCCUCUCACUCUGGUUCAUCCUUCCAGAUGGCUCUGCCCACCCAAGCAACCCAGACUGUGAAGAGUCCCGGGAAAGCAGCAGUAGCGGCGGCUCCGAGCCAGAGCCUUCUGGCCGUCAGCUCUUCUGCCUAGAAUAUGAGGCGGACAGCGGCGAGGUCACAUCUGUUAUCGUGUAUCAGGACGAUGAUCCAGGAAGGGUGAGCGAGGAGGUGUCGGCACACACGCCUCUGGAUCCACCCAUGCAAGAGGCCCUCAAGUUGCGCAUCAAGGAGGAGAUUGCAAAGCGCCAGAGCCGAGACUGACGGGGCCGAAAGCAUUCCCUCCAGGCUGGGGUCGCUGCCCAGGGAGCUCCCUCGUUUGGGGGUGCCAGGACCAGUCUGGCUGAUCUUGACACACAAACACACCCCAGAGCUGCUAGAAAAGGGUGCUGCAGGGACAAUGCCUGACCACCUUCCUUGUAUGUUGGCCCAUUGACCGGCCUGAUUGAAAAUUUUUGAGAAUUUUGUUUGGCUAGCUUGGUGUUCUAGAAGCAGAGACGCCGGGAGAGCCAAGGUUUAUGAGCCUUAUGCCAACAUGCUGCUGUCUCACCGAGUUCAUAUGCCCUGGGAUAGCUGGUCACUGCUGCUCCACCCAGCUCCGUGAGCCGCGUUACUUUAGGGUUCCUUCCCACUGUGCUUCUGCUCAUGUUCAUGUUUUCUUAGGUCUUUUUUUUUCCAGCUGUUUCUUUGUUCUUUCCUUUCCUUCAUCUUUUUGUCUCCAAGUCCAUCAGUUCCGUCCCACUCCCCACCGCCCAAUGUGACUGCACCUCCAGCUGCUCAGGACUUUGGAGGUUUGGGGUCGUGGCAGGGUGAGGGGGCUGCUACCUUUCUGACACACUCGCCCAGUAAUCCCGAUACCAACACAGUGAGAGAUGGUCAUUUUUGAGGCCAACUCCCAAGCAUGUCUCCCUCCCCUGCCAUGGCUUUCUCAGGUUUCUGUCAUGCCCCACUGCUCUACACUAUCUAGAUAAGGAGACGUAAGAAGGUGAUGCCAAAACUAAAUUGCAAGGAUUUCUUGCAGCAAAACCUGCCUUGGUUAGGACUAAGCUAGAGUUCUAGCUUUCAACCUCAUCCCUAAGGGGAAUUAUCAAAACAUGCUUAAAACUGCCUCUCCAAAUGUGGUUUAACAGUCUGGAACAUAGAUACAAAGAGCAAUUCAACAGCAAUAAUUGCCUAUUUAGAACCCUAGUUGCAAAAGGGUUGGGGGUGGGGAGACAGGGGGAGGCCCAAACAAUGUCUCAGAGGAAAUGAACCUCUCAUCUGCUCUUCCCCUGCCCAUUCUUUCUCCUUUCCUGCCUCCCUAAGAGUAUAUAAUCUCCCAACAGAUCCUUAUAAUAAAAAUCCCAGGAGUAUCAGUGCUUCCACUUAAGUGAACAUUUUUCCUAAUGCAGGGUUAGGCUAAAGAUCUGAGAAACCCACGCUGCAGUUCCAAGCCUCUUCGGUUUUCCAGUACAUUGGGACCUUUUUAGUCAAUUGAAAUUUAGGGUUGAUGUGAACCCAUGAGCACUGAGGCUUCUUGAAACCAAAGUCCACCUGCCCCAGGGGUUUCUCCACAUCAGGGCCUCGCGGUCAGUCUGGCUGGUCCAUCGCAGCAACGUUCCUCUUAAAGGGCACCUGAGGGCACUCUUAAAGUGCUAAGGUGCAGGUGGCCAGAGCUGACCCUGCCAGGAACGUCCGGGUGGAUUCGUUAGAAGGGCCUGGCUGUGAAGGAACCAGAGUGCUCCUGACCCACAGAGCUCGCCCAAGGUUAAAGGCCUUAAACUUGCCGGUCCUGGGCUCAGUUCUACUCUUAAAGGGGAAAGUUUGCCCUCUAUAUAUUCAGCUGGAGUCAAAGUGCCUUUUAACAUAAUGUUAACUACCUACCCUCCAGAGCCUGGGUCAAGGUGGCUGUGCCAUCAUCCCAGUUUCCCUGCCGCUCAGGGGACCAGUCAUUUUAGUCUUCCAACUCUUCAACUGAUCCGACUUGGACAUAGGAUUUCACUGGAACUCUUAGACUUCCCAGUCUGGAAAUACUUUGGGGUCCAUCUUCUCUCCGCUGGAUGGCCUGCUUCCUGGAUUUAUUAUAAAAUUUAGAAACAAGACCAGAAGCAGAGAUUUUAGCCUCCCUUCCUGUUUUGUGAGAAGGGAAGUGUGUACCUGUUGUCUUUCUAUGUUUGUCAUGUAAUCUCACACACUCAGGUAAGAAUUAAUGAGAGCUCUUUGCAUGUAGAAUUUUUCUUGCACUUUGCAUAUCAAGUGCAUAUAAAAUAUUUUCCACUCAAGAAAGAUCGAAUUCUUAAUUUAUGCAGUCUGACUAUAUAAAGCACUAAGCCUGGUGCUUGAAUGAGAGGUUGUCCUGCAGAACAGAACUGUGGGGGCUGAGGCUGCAUUGCUCUAGGUGUGCCCGAAAUGCUGCUCUGGUGAUGGCCCUCAGCAGCUUUCUAGCACAGGCUCGUUGCUUAUUUUGCCACCCGUCAUCUGGAAUCUAAGAUGGUAUUAACCAGUUUAUUCACCAGACUUACCUCCAGACCUCUGGCAGCUGUUUUCAAGAACCGGUGCUUUGCCUUCAAGGACAGUGUUCAGAGCAUUUCCCACAGGCUCUAGAUAAGUCCCGAAGGGGACUAUCCCGCCCUGUUAAUGCAGUGGCAACAGUGUUGGACUAGCUGGAAGCAGGCUGCUUCAGAUUCAACCCUCACUUGACUAGAUACCUUCUUGGCUGUCUCAAAAAAAAAGUCUGGUAGCCUGAUAGGCAUAUCUCAUGUCCAUCCAAAACUAAGUGUUCCUUCACUUACUGGGAGUUAAGCCUUGGAUUUUAAGGUUUUGUGUUUCCUGGGCCAAAGUGGGUAAUGUUACAAAUAGAAGGAAGCUGGGGUUUGCAUGGGGCUUGGGCUGUGAAAAAAAAAAACAACAACACAAAAAACACUGAAGCUUGAGUUCCAGCCAGUUGGCAAACAUGGAAGUCUUUGGUGAACAUAACGCAAGAAAAGAAUGUAAAGCUUUUUGUAUUGAGUGAGAGAGUGGGAGUCUGGAGCCAGGCCAGACAUUAGGAGGACCGAGCAGCAUGGGCAAUAACAAAUGCUCUCUAUGGAAGAGCCUCUGAAAGAGAGAUUCCAUCUCUAUAGUCUACCCUACGGGGCACACCCAACUAGAAGUUAGCCGGGAGAGCUGGAAGGAAUCCUUUGGGGUAGUGGAUUCCCAGCUGAUUCCAUUGAAGCCUUUACUAUAGAAAGAGGAAUAAAGACAUUAUUUUCCUACCUCUGAGCCUUUGGGAGAAUCACCAUAGAAUGUUGAAAGUUAUUCAAAACAUUUUAAGCUCCCUCUUUGUAUUCCUGUCCUGUCCCUGAGGAAUUUGAUGGCCAAGGAGCCGCAGGCACCCAGCCCGAAUUUCCUCAGUGAUUGGAGUGAAGCUAUAAGUGAAAACCUGAGUGAAUGGCUCCUCUUUCCUUUUCAGAGCCACCAGAAUGACAGACUGGUUGAACUGAUUACGCUAUGAUGUUAAAUGUAUAAAAAGCCAUAUAGUCUUCUGUUUUCUCAUUUCAGUGUUUCUGCUAUGUAGAUGAAUAAAAAGUAUGCAAAUUAUUUGAAAAAUCCUGGAGGGAAGGUACUUUUCAAAGACUGUAAUUUUUUUAACCAAUAAACAUUAUUUUUACAAG